ACGCCGGUGGCGGCCAUCUUGACUGUGGGCAGCCAGGGGACGCUGCGCCUGCGCGAUGGUUCUCCACUGCCUACUGUGGCGUCGGUGUUCCUGAGCCCCGGGGUUGUUGGUGGUCGGUGGUGGCAGAGAUGACCCAAGCCGAAAAGGGGGACGCGGAGAACGGGAAGGAGAAGGGCGGGGAGAAGGAGAAGGAGCAGCGCGGCGUGAAGCGGCCCAUCGUGCCCGCACUGGUCCCCGAGUCGCUGCAGGAGCAAAUCCAGAGCAACUUUAUUGUCGUCGUACACCCAGGCUCAACAACGUUAAGAAUCGGCCGAGCCACAGACACGCUCCCAGCCAGCAUUCCUCACGUCAUUGCUCGGAGACACAAACAGCAAGGGCAGCCCCUGUACAAGGACAACUGGCUCCUAAGGGAAGGACUAAAUAAACCUGAAAGUAAUGAACAAAGACAAAAUGGCCUUAAAAUGGUGGACCAGGCAAUAUGGUCUAAAAAAAUGUCAAACGGUACAAGGCGGAUCCCUGUGUCACCAGAACAGACACGCUCCUACAACAAGCAGAUGCGACCUGCCAUUCUAGAUCACUGUUCUGGAAACAAAUGGACAAACACGUCUCACCAGCCUGAGUAUUUGGUAGGAGAGGAGGCUUUGUACGUCAACCCCCUGGACUGUUACAACAUUCACUGGCCUAUCAGAAGGGGUCAGUUGAAUAUCCACCCGGGUCCUGGAGGCUCCCUAACAGCUGUUCUGGCGGAUAUUGAAGUGAUAUGGUCUCACGCGAUACAGAAGUAUUUGGAAAUCCCACUGAAAGAUUUAAAGUAUUACAGGUGCAUCUUGUUAAUCCCAGACAUCUAUAACAAACAGCACGUUAAAGAGCUGGUCCACAUGAUACUGAUGAAGAUGGGCUUCGCAGGGAUCGUGGUCCAUCAGGAGUCAGUGUGCGCCACGUUUGGGAGUGGCUUAAGCAGCACCUGUGUUGUAGACGUCGGGGACCAGAAAACAAGUGUGUGCUGUGUAGAAGAUGGGGUGUCUCAUCGGAACACACGGCUUUGCCUGGCCUACGGGGGCUCCGACGUGUCCAGGUGUUUUUACUGGCUCAUGCAGAGAGCAGGAUUCCCUUACAGAGAGUGCCAGUUAGCAAAUAAAAUGGACUGCCUCCUCUUGCAGCACCUUAAGGAGACCUUUUGUCAUUUAGAUCAGGACAUCUCCGGGCUUCAGGACCAUGAGUUUCAGAUUCGGCACCCGGACUCACCUGCCCUGCUUUACCAGUUUCGAUUGGGAGAUGAAAAGCUCCAGGCUCCAAUGGCGCUGUUUUACCCAGCAACCUUUGGAAUCGUCGGACAGAAAAUGACAACUUUGCAGCACAGGUCCCAGGGAGAUCCUGAGGAUCCUCAUGAUGAGCAUUACCUGCUGGCCACACAGAGCAAGCAAGAACAGUCUGCAAAAGCUACUGCUGACCGCAAGUCUGCAUCCAAACCCAUUGGAUUUGAAGGGGAUCUCCGUGGCCAGUCCUCUGAUCUUCCAGAGAGACUCCAUUCCCAGGAGGUGGACUUGGCUUCUUCACAGGGAGACUGUUUGAUGGCCGGCAAUGAGUCUGAAGAAGCCCUCACUGCACUGAUGUCCAGGAAAACUGCCAUCUCACUGUUUGAGGGAAAAGCCCUAGGCCUUGAUAAGGCCAUCCUCCACAGCGUGGACUGUUGCUCAUCCGACGAUACUAAAAAGAAGAUGUAUAGCUCUAUCCUGGUGGUGGGAGGCGGUUUGAUGUUUCAUAAAGCUCAAGAGUUUCUCCAGCACAGAAUUCUCAACAAAAUGCCACCUUCAUUCAGGCGAAUUAUUGAAAAUGUGGAUGUGAUCACAAGGCCCAAGGACAUGGAUCCCCGGCUGAUUUCGUGGAAGGGGGGUGCAGUGUUGGCGUGUUUGGACACCACUCAGGAACUGUGGAUUUACCAGCGAGAGUGGCAACGCUUUGGUGUCCGAAUGCUACGGGAACGAGCUGCCUUUGUGUGGUGAAAACCACAACCAUGUCUCUGGACAUAAAGACUUAAAGAGUGGACCUGACUUCCUGUUUCCACCUGAGUCAACUGAGGCCCCCAGAAGAUGGACAGUUGCUCUCCACAGUUGAGGCGUUGACCUGGAUUCCAGCCUUCCAGCCUCAGGCUUUCGCAGCUUUACUUUUCACUUAAACCUGAGGCACUGAGGAAGUAAAAUGGCUGUCCAUCUCAGAAUUACUCCAUGAUAGUAAAUAGAAAUGAAGACACAUUGGAAAGGCAGCUGCCACUAGUCCAAACAAAAGACACUACAGCUGCCGAGUCAGCGUUCUGAUCUCACCACUGCAAAGACCAGUGAGGACUCCGAUAACACUGCUUGGUUGGGGAGAGACUUGCCAUCCUUUAACAGAAGCCCCAGAGGGCUGUGUGUACUUAUACAGAAUUCAAGACAUCCUUGCUUUAGUCCCUAGCAUCCCACUGGUGACAUAUGCACAUACAGAAGCGUCCAUGGUGGAGAGACUGGUGCCCCUCCCUUCCCAGACUACUGUUGAACUCACCUCAACCAAGGCACCUUCACUCUCAUCAUUGACCGGAAUGACUACAGAUGUCCUCGUCAGUUUGUUCUGGUGCAGACAAGUGAGACACAGUCAAGAGCUACAAGUCACAUGUGUGUAGAGACUGUCAGUGAUGAAGCCAUUCUUCCUGACUGGCUUCUGGUGCAUCACCAUAAGGACCCACUUCAGAAACCUAGAACUUUUGCCUUUACUUGAUUUUAGAUUCCUCAUCCCAGAUGCCUACAGGGACUCUUUUCUGCAACAUUAAUCAAGGAAGCCCUGGCAGGCUUGGACAACAGUUAGCUUCAGCUCUCUUGAAACCUAUGCAGAGGACCCUAAAAUGUGUGUAGUUCCCUUCACAAUACCGAAACUAGAGGUUGGGACUGGGCUGGUGAUUAAGGGGGCGAGUACCUCCAGCACUAUAGAAACCCCCAACAUUGUGUCCCGUCGAAUGAGAACCAUGUAUCUGUUUCCAAGGGAAUUGGUUGUAAAAUUCACUUCAACGGUC